UUUCUCUCCCCCCCCCCCCCCCCUCUCUCUCUCUCUCUAAAACACCACAGACAGACACACACUCUCUCUCUCUCUAAAACUAAAUGCAGUGCGGCCUAAACAUCUGCAAACCUGACAAAGGCCACACCUAUCUCUAAUUCUGCUAGUCUGUGUUACUGAAAAGUGGUUUGGGAUAUACGUACUUUGCUCCCUAUCAACAGUCCACGCAGUCAAGUAAAAGUUCUGAGACACAAAGAACACGAAAGCAGCGGCAAAUCAGCAAUAGAAAAAUGCUUGAAACUGUAAAAUACCUGAUCGGGGCAAUCGGCCCGAGUGGCUAUGGCUCCAGGUCCACGGCCGACGAUGUCACCCAGAACUGCCCUGAUCUGCGCGACAUCACCGCCAUCAUCACAGGCGCCACGUCAGGGAUCGGAGCUGAGACGGCUCGUGUGUUGGCUAAGCGCGGCGCCAGGCUCGUCCUCCCGGCUCGGAACCUCAAGGCCGCCGAGGACGCUAAAGCUCGUAUCGUAUCGGAGUUUCCUGAUUCAGAGAUUGUCGUCAUGCCUCUUGACCUUAGCUCUCUCACCUCCGUUCGAAGCUUCGUUGAUGAGUUCGAGUUUCUCAAUUUGCCUCUUAAUCUCCUCAUAAACAACGCCGGAAAGUUCUCGUACGAGCACGCCAUCUCCGAAGAUGGAAUAGAGAUGACUUUUGCAACUAACUAUUUGGGUCACUUUCUCUUGACGAAGUUGUUGAUGAAGAAGAUGAUCGAGACAGCAAAGAUGACCGGAGUUCAAGGACGUAUAGUGAAUGUGUCUUCGGGCAUUCACGGCUGGUUUUCCGGCGAUCUAAUUCUGUAUCUCGGUCAGAUAACCAGAAGCAAAAGUCAAUACGAUGCGACACGUGCUUAUGCUCUGUCGAAGCUGGCCAACGUUUUGCAUACCAAGGAGCUUGCUCGGAGACUGAAGCAAAUGGAGGCGAACGUAACUGUGAAUUGCGUUCAUCCAGGGGUCGUGAGAACUAAACUUACCAGAGACCGGGAAGGUCUCAUGACAGACCUGGUAUUCUUCUUGACUUCGAAGCUUUUGAAAACGAUUCCUCAGGCAUCGGCAACGACUUGCUACGUGGCUACUCAUCCAAGACUGGCAAACGUGUCCGGGAAGUACUUUGCAGACUGCAAUGAAGCUUCGACAUCGAAAAUGGGGUCCAGCACAAGCGAAGCUGCACAGUUAUGGUCUUUCUCUGAGAUAAUGGUUUCCAGAGAUUCAAAGGCAGUUUUUGAUCCAUUCAACGGCUUAGAUUAAAACUAGCAGAUACAAGUUAAAUUAAAUUAAAGUAGCAAGAAGAAGAAGAAGAUAUAUAAAGGAAUAUUUAUAUUUAUAUAUAUAAAAAAAAAGGUGAGAUAUGUAGUUUUUAGUUCAUAAAGUUUGUCUUGGUGGAGAAAGAGGAUGGAGGAGAGAGACAGGUAGCGGGAAGAGAGAGAAGGAGAGAUGAAUAGAUAUAUGGUGGUGUAUACAACUUGUUAGUACAGUGUAGUACAUAAACAAUGCUAGUCUAUUUAUGUAUAAUAUUAUAUUUGACUUUCUUUACUUCG